AAUAUAUACAAUGUUAUGAUACAAUCCAUGUGUCUGCAUAUUGUAAUUCACUCACAGUUAAUUAAUUAAAAUAUCUCUUGGUCAGCUAAAAGUAAAAUUUCGUUCUAAAUGUGAAAUUAUGAUUGCGUUUGACAUAAAAUUUGAUGCUGAGGAUAUUCUCUAUUUGAGUGCGAAAUAUAAUUUUUUCCAGCACACGAUCGAUAUUUUUCUCGCAGCUUUGAUCGCGCAUAGUACAGAGUCUCCAGUAAUAUAUACCAUAGGCACACACAGUAAGGGUAGUCUUCGUUGUCACGUUAUCUGACACGCUGCGACAUUCAUUCACCACGUAGCGGUGCAUUGAUGUCGAUCGCUUGGUUUGUGCGCCUAGCAGGCGCACCUUUAUAAAGAGCUCGUUGGUCACAUGUUUACGCAACAGGUUUACGGGGAACCAUACUGAAACGAGUCGAGAUAUACUCCAUAAGAGUCCAAGGGAAAAGUCAGUAUGGACUCGCAAGAAACCGCGAACAGUAUGGCCGAACCUGCUUCGGGUCAUGAAAAACCUAUGGUGAAGCCAAACGUUCCUUUACCACCGCAAGGAUUUCAGGCGCGACCUCAGGGUCCGCCACCAUCUCCCAGAAAUUCGAUAAAUAAUGGUCCCAUAGGCGCGCCUCGACCAGGACAACCGCUACGCCGAUUGGACAGUCGUUCUUCCCUAGGUCCGUCGCCGGGUCAAUUUGUGCAGCUUAGACCUUACGGUCCGCCGAGACCCCCGGGAAACACCUUUCCUCCAAGGUCACCGCAACCCGGUCAGCUGCCGCCGCAGAAUCCGCUGCAUCCCCCAAAUCAGCGUUUCAUAUCGCCGGGGAUCCGUGGUCCUCCACCGCCAGGAAUUGGAGGUCAACGACCACCCUUCAUUGGGAACCAGCAAGCGUAUCAAGCACAACUGCAGCAGCAACAACAACAGCAACAGCAGCAGCAACUGCGAUUUCAACGACCGGAUAUUCCGCCCGAGAACGAACCGCGACGAUCUAGUCAAGAAUCUGUUUUCCCAAGACCGUUACUGAGAAAUGACUCGUUAUUGACUCUGCAACGGCAGCAAUUUUUGUCAAACGAGGAACUCAAGCAGCCACCACGACCGCGCAUUGUUAUCGAAAAGAUGGCGGAUAUAAACGAGACCAACGUUGAUAAACCAGAAGACCAUGUACAGAAAAAGAGAUCCGACGUUCGUGAGAACGGCGAGAAUGACGACGACGACGACGUCGUGAUGGAUAGCGAGAAGUCACCGCGACACCAUCAGGACGUUUCCGAGGGACUGACGAACGGCUCCAAGUCGCCCUUAGUUCCGAAGCAACCGAUAAGUCGGCCGGGAACGGCCACUAUCGAAAACGCGAGUAAAUAUCAUGAUAAAGCAUCGAAGGAUGAUGUAGCGUCGACUAUUUCUCAAAGCAGACCUUCCUCCGGAUUAAGUAAAGAAGAAAGAAGAGACGAGGAAAAACUCUCUAGAUCGCCAUCGAGCAAAGAGCCUAACAUCAUCAAGAGCUUGAAGGGAGAGAUUGACGUUGUGAAAAAUUUGGCGGAGGAUUUUGUGAGAGACGAAGUAAGUUUACUCGAAGAUUCGAUGAGUCAUAAAUCGCCUCGGCCACCGAGCGUUGAGACCUUCGAAUUAAUUGAAGAAAUUCAAAAGCCACUUAGUCCGUACAGCGGUAUCGCAUUCGAACAGAGCUUGAAAACUCCUCCGAAAUCUUCGGACAAUUCGCGCUCUGCCACACCGUCGUCCCAGAACGCGGAACAGGCAGCGUCGAGGCCUCUGUCCAGGAUCUCGGACAGGUCGCGUUCCAGCACUUCAGCGCACCUGGACGCGACCGAAAACGCGGAACGGAGCAAGACUCCCGAUAAGUCGCGUUCCGGCACUCCGGCCGGAAUGGAGCCGCGCGGAAACACGGAACAGGAAUCGAGAUCGCGCGCGAGUACUCCGCUGCUUCAGCCCUCACCAUCUCCAAAUGCGGAGAAGGAACCGCGUCUGACCCCGACGAAGUCGCCCGACAAGUCGCGCUCGAGCACGCCAGCCGGAAUAGAAUCGAGUGGCAAAGCCUCCACCGAGGAUCGCGACAAAUCUGGCGAAGAUACUCUCCAGGUGAGAGAGUCCAGCAGACCGGGCUCGUCGUUGGGUUCUAGGGGCAAGGAUGACAAGUCGCCGAAAUCACCGCGAUCGCCUACGAUGCCGAAAGACCAAGGUAAAUUGUCGACGCCGGACUCAGCGAGAACCCCGACAGCAUCGUCCGGAGGUGUGAAGGGCUUUGAUGACGAGGAACAAAGAUCGUUAUCUUCCGGUGGUAGUCCUCGAGCGUCGAACUCUCCGAAAUCAGCCGCGAAACAGACCGAGGGUGAGAAGAAGAAGAAAACGUCCUUCGUUGAAACCGCCGACAAGAAAUCGGUGGAAAUAGCGGACCCGAUCCCGACAGCGACGUCCCCGUCGAAGGCUAAAACUCCACGUCCGCAAACACCGGCGAGAUUGGAAGACGAGAAGUCUGCGAAGAAAAAAGCGAUCCAAAAUGGCAGCGAAUCGCAAGCGGCAAAUGGAUCAACCGCUGGAUCGCCUACGAAAUCACCUAGCAAAUCUGCUAAAUCAUUACCGCGAACUCCCGACACGCCUUCCUCGACUGCCCAGGAUAAAAAGAAAGUACCGAUGAAUAAAGUUCAAGUUGGCGCUGCGCCUUCCCCGAAUCUGAAGACUGUGCGAUCGAAAAUCGGUUCUCUGGACAACGCGAGUUACAAACCGGGCGGCGGCAAAGUGAAGAUAGAGAACAGAAAGCUGGACUUUGGAAGCAAAGCGCAGCCAAAGAUCGCGGCGAAAAAUGAUAAAUACAUGCCUAGCGGUGGCGAUAAAAAGAUCGCUCAAGUGAAGCUUCAAUGGAAUGCUAAAUCCAAAGUGGGCUCCUUGGAUAAUGCAACUUAUAAGCCAGGCGGUGGUGACAAGAAGAUCGAGACGGUAAAACUCGACUUCAAAGACAAGGCAAAACCUAAAGUCGGAUCCAAAGAUAACGCGAAACAUAUUCCUGGCGGCGGCACCGUUAAGUCCGCGACUCCACCUAAGACACCACAGGAAGUGAAAAACAACAUCCCGAUGCAAAAAUUAGACAUCAAGGCCGAAAGUAAGAUCGGUUCGUUGGACAAUGUGAAACAUAAGCCGGGUGGUGGCGACAAAAAGAUUUUCAACGAUAGAGACUAUCUUCGGCAAACGAGUUCCAACGUGGAAAGCUUGAAUGGCAGCGGGUCUCAGAGCCCCGUGCCCUCCGGCGCGAUCACCACCGGCAAGAACGGCCUGCCAGCCUCGGACGAGAACCUGAACCAGGAAUGCUAGGUCACGAAAAGUCGGCCGAUAGACCCGCUUUAACUAUAUCAUUUGCAUAUGAUUAAUCACGUUUACCUAUCCAACCCCCUUUGGAGGACGAACGAGCGCGGUCCUCGCGCGCGCGCGCGCGAUCGAGAGCGAUUAUUGAGAUGGACGGCGCACGGAACUCCUCGGGAAAAAAAAACGGAGCAUUGCUGAUCGAUAUCUCUCGUCCACGCGCGAAUGACGGAAUUUUGUCGCGACGGGCGAACUUAAUCAACGAACGAAGCAAUAUACGUUAUUCGCAUUCAUUUGUUGUUAAGUAUCGAGCGCGAAUUCCGAGUGUGCAUCUUAUCCUGCAUUUGCACUUUUUAAUUGUUUUUAGAAAAAAAAACGAGUGAAUAGAUCACGAUAAAAUAUUUUACAUCACACCACAUGUCUAUGUAAUAUGUUUACAUAACGCGUAGACAUAUUCGUAAACAUCUUAUUACAUAAAUACGUAAAUUAUGAAGCGCGUAAGAGAAAAAUGACUGAAAAACAUUUUUAUUAAUAAUAUAAAGCAAAAAAGAGAAAUUAAAAAA